AAGAUAGUAAUUUCAGUUUUCGCAAAGACUAAGAAACAUCCACACAAUGUGCGCCUUGCAAGUGCAAAACGCCCCUCUUGUUAUGCAAAUUGAGUUGCAUUUAACACUGUUCAGUAGCGCUGUUACACAAACUCAUGCAGGGAAUCUAAUCUAGAGCUGGAUAUUUUUCACGCUCUCAUUACCCAUUCAGCGCCACACAGUAUAUGCUUCAAUUGGCCAGUCAAGAAGCUACGGGAGGUAUUUCCUUUCACUGGAGUAAAGCGGACAAGCGGACAGAUACCGGCGCAGUUUCUUGGUUCUGCUUUUUCAGAUACUCGAACCCUCAUUAUGGGCACAACACCGACUGAGGUAACCCAUCUGAAGUUGGGUAAGCUGAAAGUGGCACGUAAGAGGUUGCUACAGCGUUAUGAGCACCAGCCCUUUGUCUUCUGUCUUGCUGGACUUUACAGCUGCCAGUGGAGACGUUGCCAGCGCACACAUGCUCAGCCUGGACACUGCUGCUGCUCUAAGCGGGAGUCUGGCAGUUUUGCUCUGAUCAUUCUGACCUUUUGUCUCAGUCUGGUGUUCCUGUACUUUUGGAGUGAAGCACGGAAUGACUACAAUGACUUUGACUGGUUUAAUUUUGGAAAUCUGGGCUUUUGGUUUCCAUGGUCUAUUGUUUUGUUGAUUCUUGCUGUUUUUCUGUUCACUUAUGUUGCUGUUCUGCUGCUGCUGGCAGUUUGUCUUCUCUCAGAAGGCCAGAGGUUAUAUUUACAUUGGUGUCACAAGAUCGGGAUCUCAGUGACUUUGAUUCUCUCCAUUGUGGCCUCAUCUGUUCUCACAGAUUUAUGGAGCAAGGAGUGGAUGACUGUACUUCUAUCUUUUCAGGUAACUGCCCCAUAUCUACACAUAGGUGGUGUAGUUUUAAUGACUCUGUUAUCUUGGCCAGUAGCCAUGCAUGUCUUCCGGCUCAAUAUGAGGGUGAGACAGGUGGCCAUGAUGGUGCUGUAUAUAACUGUUUUACUGACUCUUUACCUGGUUCCUCUGGGCAUGCACUCGCCCUGCAUUAAAGAGAGGAGCAGUCUGGGAUCAGCUCCUGCUUUAAUUGGACACAGGGGAGCACCAAUGCUUGCCCCUGAAAACACCUACAUGUCUUUUGAGAAGGCAUUGGCAGCUGGAGCUGAUGGUCUGGAGACUGAUGUCACUAUCAGUUAUGAUGGAGUUCCUUUCCUCAUGCACGACAAGAACUUACGCAGGACAACUAAUGUAAAAGACGUGUUUCCUAACUGGACACACACCUCACCUGCCAUGUUUACGUGGAGAGAGCUGCAGAGUCUCAAUGCUGGAUCCUGGUUCUUCUCUCAAGACCCCUUUGGAACAGCUUCAUCUCUGAGCCCAGAUGAGCGUUUGCAGGCUCAGAAUCAGUCGGUGUGCACACUGAGGGCAUUCCUGAAUUUAGCUGCUCAAUAUGGGAAACUAGUGAUCUUUGAUCUGUACCGACCACCCAAGGGUCACCCUUAUAGAGAUGCCUGGAUAUCCCGCACCCUAGACGUCAUCCAGAACGAGUCAUCCAUUCACUCCAGUCAGGUAUUGUGGCUGCCUCCAGAGCUCAGGGAGUUUGUACAAGAAAUCGACCCUGAUUUACAACAGACAACAGGCGAACAAGCGCCAGUGGAGGAACUUCAGCUUAGACACAUAGCCAGACUUAAUAUCCAUUACAGCUCCAUGUCAGAGAAAGAAAUCAGAAAAUACGCUGUUGCCAACAUCAGCACCAACCUGUACGUGAUCAGCGAGCCGUGGCUGUAUUCUCUUGCCUGGUGUGCAGGGGCUCAUUCUGUCGCCACUAAUGCUGUUCACAUCCUCAAGAACCUGCAAAGACCGCUCUUUCUCAUGACGCCAGAUGAGUACAGGCUUAUGUGGACUCUUACUGACAUCACUUCCCUUCUUCUUGUUGUGAUUGUCUUUGUGUUUCACUGGUGGAGGGAGCGUGGGUUGGCUCUCAGUGUGGACAGCAGUUCAGUACUUGAAAAUGGGUCCUACAGACAGUUCAGGACAGAGGUGAAUGAUGUCUGGUCUUUAUCCAACAUGAGCAGCUCUGACCCUGAGAAGCAGGUACCAUCUCUCUAAAGCGCCUUGGUUCAUAUUUAACCCCUUAUAUAUAUAUAUAUAUAUAUAUAUAUAUAUAUAUAUAUAUAUAUAUAUAAAUGUUCAGUUAAGUAUAAACCACAGUUUAAGCGGUACAUUGAAAUCACCCUUACAUUUUAUAAAUUCUAAGUGUCACAAAAUGUCUUAUGACAGACGUGAGCUGUCCUCUUGUGAUAUGAUGAGAUACAUACAGAUAACAAAUGCUAAAUUUUAGUGACUAAUCUUACAUCUCUGACUUUAGAUUGUCAUUUGAGUUAUUGCAUUUCACAAGCCUCAGGUUUUCCAUAAAAGUUUCCAUUUCAAGCAUGAAUAGAAAUAUUUGUCAUGUCGAUGAAAAUUAUGUUUCCUUCAUUGAAAUAUUAACAGAUCCAUCCUUGUUUAAUGUUUCAUCUUAAGUGGUAUUUAAAAUCAAUUUCAUGGUUUUGGAUGAAUCAUUACCCCCAGACAGGGCCCUAAUUUUGUACGAAUCUGAGGCCAUAAAUCAUUUUUGUGCAAAUGUUUUGUCCUUUUUGUCUUGUUCAAAUUUAAUGUAGGUCUGAUUCAGAAUCAUAUUUAAGCCACAUCAUUCAGUGUUAACAUUCUUUGGUUAUUGCAAUAUGAUCUGUGUCUGUCUGAAGUCAUGAUGCUCUUCAGUUUUCAGUUGAUGUUUGCUCUUUGAUUUUUUCUCAUUAAUCACAGUUUUUCCUCAAAUGUGAAAACUGGUACAAUCUUAUUUUUUAUUAUUUGAAGAGCUUGUGUGUCUGAUUAAAUUCUUGCAAGAGUA